UGUGCACCACAGCUGCGCCGACAAGAUGGCCGUUGCUAGGCAUUUGUCGUUUGUUGUUGUCAUUUUAACCACUAUUAUAGGGUUUUGCACAGAGAUUGUAAAUUGUAAUAAUGGUCGAAGGGGAGACAUCGUGGAGUCAGACUUGGCUGGGAUGUCUGUGCCGAUCGAACACUCUUUUGAAGUGGAUGACGUGCCGAGGUUUCGCUUGCGUGGGACUGUGCAGGUAAAGCCGGGGCGAGAAAACGUUGUGUCCUUCUCCCAGAUGUCGCUUUCUGACGAGGACAGGAGUCUACUCAAGGAUGUUGCAGCGGUGGACGGCCUGUACCGGGUCCGCGUGCCCCGCCUCUCUCUGCAGGCAGACCGGGAGACGGACAGGCAGCCGGACGGCCACCUUUCUGCCUUCGUCAGAGCGUGCUCUCUUGUGGAGUCCCAUCUUAGUGAUGUCAUCACGUUGCACACGGAUGUCAGUGGAUACCUUAUAGGGGUCUCCAUAGUUACUGUGCCAGGGGCAUGCCAGGGGGCAGAGGUUGAGGAUGAGGUCGACCUGGAAGUGUUUAACACCACUAUCAGCAUCAUGCCGCCAGUCAACGCACCAUCCCCCGAGACGGCCCUCUACAUAGAGAGAAUGGAACAGGAAAUGGACAAGAAAGGAAAACCGCAGGAGCAGAAAUCCUUCUUUGCCAAAUAUUGGAUGUACAUCGUGCCCCUUGUUCUCUUCCUGAUGAUGUCGGGAGCUCAAGAUCAGUCUGGAGGUGGAGCUGGUGGAGGCGCAACCAGUGGUGGCGGCCGAUGACUCCCGCGGCAACAGGAACUGUUUGCUAGCAGUCCAGUUGUACGUAAUGACUUAACAUGCACAUACAUGCAACUAAAUGUGUAUUUGUAAAUUAAGUAAUGGUUCUGAAUGAGAUUAAUGUGAAAUCACACUGCUAGUUUGUUUUUACUGCUGAUUUCUUGAAUAAAAUGUGUUGUAAAUGA